AUGUUUAUACUUGCUGAUAGUGUCCCGCUGACAGCCCGUGAAGUGGCCUCUGGGGUGCUGGGCUCAAUUUGUCUGGCCUGCUGGAUCUUCCUACUGGUUCCCCAACUGAUCGAAAACUACAAAAACGGCUCCGCAGACGCCGUCUCCCUCGCCUUCCUCUUUGUCUGGUUCAUCGGGGACAUCACAAACCUAAUCGGAUCCCUCUGGGCACAACUCGUCCCAGUCAUUACAGCCAUCGCCGUCUACUUCUGUCUGGCAGACGGUGUCCUCAUAAGCCAAUGCAUCUACUACGACCACCAAAACGCGCGCAGGGAUGCUGCUGCCGCCGCCCAUGAACGCAGCGGUCCCGAUUAUCGCACGCUAUCCAGCGCAACAGCGGGCUCAGUAUCAGAAGCGGAGUCCGAUGCGCUGGACCCCACCACCCCGCUCCUGUCGCGCCGCAUGAGUCAGAAUCUGGCCGCUUCAGCUUUGGUUGCUGUGGCGUCGAGGAGGAGGAGAUCGACGGAGUCCAUGCGGAGACGGCGCUCGAGCCACUUACAGGAUUCGUUGACCAAGAUUCUUGAGGAGACGGAGCCCAGGAAUGUGUGGGUGAAGAACUCUUUGAGUGUUAUUGGUAUCUGUGCUGCUGGGGCGGCUGGAUGGUUGAUUGCCUGGCAGUCUGGUGUAUGGCAUCCGACAUCUGACGAACAUUCGGGACAAAUGGUGCUUGGGGCACAGGUGAUGGGGUAUGUGAGUGCGGUUUGUUAUCUUGGUGCGAGGAUACCUCAGAUCAUCAAGAAUUACCGGGAGAAAUCAUGCGAAGACAAAGCUGACCGCUAUCGCAAAAGGCCUUUCUCUACUGUUCUUCAUAUUAUCUCUCGUGGGAAAUUUAUCAUAUGGCGCAGGGGUAAGUUUUUAGUCAUUCCAAUUCCCGACUCACCACCGUGA